AUUCGUGUUAGCCGAGUCGUCCACCAGCGCAUACUUCGAGUCGUUGCGUCCGAAAAGAGGAACCGCAGCCAAGGGCUCUGACACGGGCGCAGGCUCGAGCUUUGACCACGAUCUGUGACGUCUUCUUGAUACGGCGGCUGGGCGCGUCCACUCAACCCACACGCUCUGCCGCAAGCACACUUGUUCUGCCAGGUUCGCGACUCGGUCGUCCUGCACCACCGCUGCGCGUCGUUGGCCUGCUCCCACGCAGCCUCACUCACCAUGGCCUCCAAUGCCACGAAUCAAGGGCAGGCUGCCCAAGGCACCGCUCCCCGCCCAGAAUUGGCACCUGUGCAGCCGUCCGAACCAGCCACCCCCGCGAAGAAGCGCAAGCAUCGCGGAGGGAAGAAGCGCCGCAAUCGCCGGCAAUCGUUCGCCAACACGCUCGAGUCUGGCGACAUGACCGACGAUGCGCGCCCGAGCCUCGCAGACGUCGGCGGGCACUCUUCGCGCGGCAGCACCAGCUUCUACCGCCUGCGCCCGAACCAGAACCGCAGCAACGACAGCUUGCAGAGCGAGGCCCUGCUCGACCACCGCGAGCAGCCUGCUGCCUUGCCCACGCGGCGCGCGAGCGUGCAGAUGCCCCAGCUGCUCUCGCCGCCCCAGCGCCGCUCCACCCAGCCGCAACCCAGUCGCUCUGGGCUUGCUCAGCAGCACUAUGCCUCGGACAGUGGCCCCGACGAUGAUGAUGAUGCCGACGACCGCACCCCGCUCAUGAGCUCUUCGCACCUGAGCUCCUCUGCGCGGGAUCGCGGCUAUGGGGGUGCUGGCAACAUUACGCGGAACCGGAGAGGGAGCAGGUCUUCGGGGGCGUCGGCCAAUAUGAUAGGCGCGCAGUUCGCGAUACAGCAUCACUCGCACACCACUCUCGCCGAAUACGACGUCAACAAUCCCCCCUCUGUACCUGCGAGCCCGGUCUUGACACCAGAGCUCAAUAGCUAUGGCGAUGUGAUGCUCCCGGCAGAUCUGAGGCACGACCAAGAGCAGGCAGAGAGCAGGGGCAGCCGGGGCAUGUCUCGGGACGUGCUCAUUGACAUCGACGAGCAGCCUACUCCGCGACAGCAGGCAUGGGAGUCUGCUCCAACAUCACCUCCUGCGCCUGGGGACCUGGGCCGCCGCAUGACCCUCUCAGCCGCCGAGGACGUCUGUUUCCCGCUGGAGGACAUGUCAGAGAUCGGUCAGGAGGACUACAUGAACCGCCGAGAGGGCGGCGAUACGCGUCAGCGCCGGCGACGCCGUCGAUGGCCAGACCUGAGGGUGCUCGAAACUUGGUCGCACGAGGAAAAGGAACAACGAACCAUGGAAGGCAUGCGUGCCCGAAAGGUCAGCGAGCCUUUGAUGGUAGAUGGACGCCUGCGACCACAGAAACGCACUUGGCAUAAAGAUACCGAAGACGCCCCAUAUCGUUUCACGUACUUCAACGAGGAGUUUGACAACACCAUCCAUAGUCAGAGCAUUGGCGAGCUUCUUCAGCCAGGACAGACGUUCCGGCAGCUGUUCAUUCCCGAUCCCCCGAUAUUGGAAGACAGCACCGACGACGAGACUGAUGACGAGGAAGGCAUGACGACCAUGACGAGAGAAAGCACCGUGGAUAAAAGAUCUAGCAUGGAAAGACCCAGCAUGAAUGGACUGUCUCGUGCUGACACCAGGACACCGACUCUCUUGAACCCGACCUCAUCGGGAGAACAGACACAGUCUAGCACACCUGGGCGCACUUCGACCCCCAAGCCGCCAAAGGAGGAGAAGCCGCCGCGGUACGGUCCACGCCCCGCCUUCUGGCUCGACGUUCUCUCGCCCACUGAUGCGGAGAUGAAGGUCAUAUCAAAGGCCUUUGGCAUCCAUCCCUUGACAGCCGAGGACAUCUUGAUGCAAGAGCAACGCGAGAAGGUGGAGCUUUUCAAGCAUUACUACUUCAUCAAUUACCGAACUUUCGAGCAGGAUGAAAACAGCGAAGACUACCUAGAGCCCGUAAACUUGUACGUGGUCGUCUUCAAGGAGGGCGUCAUCAGCUUCCACUUUUCGAUGACACCUCACCCGGCCAAUGUUCGACGUCGCAUCCGCCAGCUGAAGGACUACCUCAUCCUCAGCCCCGACUGGAUUUCCUACGCCCUCAUCGAUGAUGUUACCGACGCUUACGCUCCGCUUAUUGAGCGGAUCGAGGAAGAGGUCGACGACAUCGACGAAGCCAUCCUGCGUACCUACUCGCAAGAAGAGGAAAAGACCGCCAAAACCAAGAAAGACCCUUUCAACAUUCUCAACGAGAAGGACUCAGACGAUGGAGAAGAGCAUGAAGGUGGUGGACGAGACAUGCUGCGUAGAGUUGGCAACGCUCGAAAGCGUGUCAUGACACUCUACCGCUUGCUGAGUACCAAGGCCGACGUCAUCAAGGGCUUUGCCAAACGCUGCACGGAGCAAUGGGACGUUGCCCCUCGGGGCGAGGUCGGGCUCUACUUAGGCGACAUCCAGGAUCACAUCGUGACCAUGACGGCCAAUUUGACGCAUUACGAGAACCUCCUCUCCCGAAGCCACAGCAAUUACCUCGCUCACAUCAACAUCCGCAUGAACGAGCGACAAGAACAAACCUCGGACAUCCUGGGCAAGCUCACCGUGCUCGGCACCAUCGUCCUGCCCAUGAACGUCGUCACGGGUAUCUGGGGCAUGAACUGUCUUGUCCCCGGGCAGGACAUCGAGAAUCUGAAUUGGUUCUGGGGGAUUACGGGGAGUUUGAUUGCAUUUGGAUUGAGUUGUUACUUUAUUGCGAAGAAGGUUUUUGGCAUUGUGUAAGAAGGAGGGGUUGUAAAAGGGAUAUUUGCAUUAGAUUGUUGAAGUAAUGGGGGAUGUAGAAGAGCUUGGUAUGAUACACGGGGGCUGUACGGUUAUGUGUCUGGUAUAUACGCGUGUGUUGGUGCGUUAUGCAUUGCAUCACGCUCAUCGCAUCGGGAAUGAACACAAGAGCGCUUCGGCGUGAUCGUUAUUUCCACCUCCUCCAUC